AUGCCAUUAAGUCAAAAUAUGAGUAUGACUGAACUUUCUCGUUUCAGGACGAGAAUAUGUGAGAGAAAGGCUUUACAUGGAGUAUGCGAGCUUGAUGAGAGAUGCCCUUUUUCACAUUGUCUUUCCUGGCAUCGUAGAAAUCCUUAUGAAUAUGCUUACAGACCAAAUUUAUGUCCUAAUGUGGUCUUCCAGAAUGAGAAUAAAAAAAUGCGUGUUAAGAAUUAUUGCCAAAGAGGCAGAAUGUGUAUGUUUUCUCAUACAAAAGAAGAGCAAAUGUACCAUGUUUUAGUAUAUAAAACUCAAUUAUGUCGCGAAUAUCCACUAUGUACAAAGCAUUAUUGUCCAUUUGCUCAUGGCUUAGAUGAGUUAAGAAAUCCAGAAACUAUAGAAUUCGAUCCAGUUCAAGGACCAGAAGUAAUUGAACGUCAAAGACUAGUUCAUGAUUGCAAUAAAUUUAACGAAAUUGAUUUAUCCGAAGAUUUGAAUGAUCCAAUAAUUAUAAAGAAUAAGGAAACUACUAUAAAUAACAAUUCAAUUUCCUCAGUAUCUCCAUCAAAUUCUCCAUUACAUUCUAACAUGGCCGUCUCAAACUUGGCUCCCAUAAUGGACCCAACAACGAGGAAUCCAAACAGUAAAUAUUCCAUAAAGAACAAAUCUCAAACAUCUUCAAGCACAAACAACUCACCUAAAAAGAAUGGUAGAGGAAAUGGUUUUAAUAACAAAGCCAGCUCUAAUAAUCAAAAUAGACAAUUUUUAAGUAAUGAACUAUUAAAAGGAGAGUUGACACCAGUUAACAACACAAAUGAAUUACCUGUUACACCAUCGACAGGAUGUGAUACUCCUACACAUUCUCAAAAUCAUGUUGUUACGACCGGGCUUAAAAAUGAUACUCGUAAAGCUGUUAAUAGAGAUUUUCAAAGAAAAGAAGUUGAUAGGAUUACAUGUUCUCCAAAUCCAAGAAGUGCGUUUCCUAAAGUACUAGAUGGAGACGACAUUGUACAUGCGAGAGACAAUGUAAAUAUUCCUCCACCUCCUUAUAAUGCAAUAGGUUUAAACUUUCCAUGUAAUGAAGGACUCAAUGAUAAUACAGAUCCAUCGUCUCUAUUACCAAACUAUGAUUUUGGAAGAUUUGCAUGGAGUGGCUAUUAUGAUAAAAAUAAGAAUUUAUUAAGUGGUAGGCUAAUAGAUUACGAGAAGAACAAAUUGGUUCAGCAGGAACCUAUAUGUAAUAUAGAUGAUUAUGGAAAUGGGACAAGUGUUGAACAGAUGUCUUAUUUAAUGCACCUACAGCUACUUUCAUUGUCAGACUCUUCAGAAAAGUUACUAGAGACAAAUAACAAUGACUCUGAUUGGAGUUUAUCAAAUCCUGCUUUCGGAGUUACAGGGAUUUACAAUACUCAACAAAAUAGAGAUUCAAACACAUGUCUUAAUCAAUGCAACUUUUCUGGAGAUUUAAAUUCAAGUUCUAUUCCUUUGGCAUCUCACCAAGAUUCAAUUAGAUGUCAGAAUGAAGUUAAAAUUACUCCAAAUUCUCAACUUUUUCUAUCAAAUAACUACUUUGAUGAUUAUGAGUUUGAUUUUAUUGAUAAUAUUCCUAGUCAUGAUAAAAUGGGAAUAAGGGAUGUUAAUAAUUUAUACAAUAGAUCAGAUGUUAAUAACUUAAAGAUUGAUGCUGCAAAUAACUCUUGGAAUCUAUUUCAUCCAAGUUUACUUGGUUCAAAUGGUAGGGAUGGAGAUUUUUGGACUGAAGGAAAGUGA